GACGGCGCCUCGGUGCAGAUGCAGGAGCACGGCGAUGUGUUCCUCACCGACAGGGAGAUUAUGAAGAAAACAAUUUUGCGAGGAGAACCCAUUGUCUUCUGUUCGAAUGCGCGUGGCUCCGUCCGGAAGACCCUGCCGAGCCAGGAGCCAGGCGCCCGCGGGAGAACAAUCGCCCUCCGGCAGAACAAUUGGAAGGCGGUCAUGCAGGCGGGGCUCAGCCAGUAUCACAUUGGCACGUGCGACGACGGCUCGAGCGCGGAGGACCAGCCGGGCGCCCCGCGGAUCCACUUGAAGCUGCCGCCGCCCGACCGCCGCGACCUCCACCUGCCAUUCCACAACCGCCUGAUGAAGCUGUGCGGCGUUUCCUUGCAGGCGUGCACGAGUGCGAUUGGGGCAAAGGAGACCAGGAAGAGGAGAGCUCCGCCUGCCUCCGCCAGCGCUCCGCGAGCCGCGCGGCAGCGGGGGGCCGCGGUGCCCGGCGGGCAGGCGGGGGCCCCGCGCGGCCCGGGCGUGACGGCGGCGGCGGGCGGAGUAGCAGGAGGAAUGCCCGGCGGCGCGGGAGGGGCCGAUGCGGCGGCGACGGCCAGCGGCACAGCGCCGACGCCCGCCGGCGCGGCAGGCCGCGGCGCGGCGCCGGCGCGGGCGCGCCCCAGCCCUGCCCCGGGAGAGUGGUAG